UGCAAGGCUGAAUUAAAAGGGGUGCGAGCAACUGAAACUUUACCGUGGAUAUAUUUAAACAAAACAAAGCUGUUUCGUAGUUUUAGGUGUUUACAUAAUGCUUGCUUUGCGGGCGGUCGUUUGCUUAGAAUGGGACAGAAGUUGCGAGCAAAGGUUUUGUAUGUAGCUGUCAUUAGUUGUUUAACAAUCAACUUCGCUGUCAAAUUGUAGCUUGGAUAUUCGACGUACAGUAGCUCGGUGUCAUUGUGAAGUCGUUUCACUGUGUCCUAGCACUGCGCAGAUGAGCUCCACAGCGGUUUGUUGGGUGACAAAUGACCAGUGGCGAUAGUAGUAAACAAGCCUUGCAGAAAAACACCGGAGGGGCAGAUCACUUCGUGUGGUUUGUGUUUCUGGUGUUUACACAGUUGGAACAUUUGAAUCGACUUUUUGUGUGAAUCGAAUUUUAAAAAUGUCUAAAACUCACCAGUCGGAUGUCUCUUCCUCUAGUUGAUAAAAAUGGGUGAGUUAGACAGGGAGGGGUAGUUUGAGAAAGACUUAAUGGCAGAUGGUGGCUUCAGCAGGUGUUCUGUUUUUUUUUUCUCCUUUUUUGGAAGGAGUAUUACACUGAGUUACAUCUAUGUAUUUGCAUAUAUGUUUGAUCAAAAUGGUGGCACUUCUAAUUCUGACCUUGCAGUGACCAAGUGACACUGUUGAGUUUCCUGGAACAACUAAAAAAUUACAAGUUAUGCAUUAAUCUUUUGCGUACAGAGGUAUAUAUGGAUUGAAUCCUGUAAUUCAUAAAAGCUGGAAUGGGGAUAAGGCAUAAAUAAAUGGACUUUUAAGAUUUUUUUCCCCAUAAUCCAUUUUCUACCCACUUUAUCCAGUAAAUUAGGAGGAGCCUAUCCCAGCAAGCUACAGGCACAAGGCUCGAUUCACCCUCGACGGGACGCCAGCAUAUCACAGGGCACUCAGACACAGACAUGUACCAGUCACGCCAGGGCCAAUUUUCCCAGAAGCCAGUCAACCUGUCUUUGGACUGUGGGAAGAAAGCAGAGCACCUAGGGGAAACCCACAUGAACAGGGGCAGAACCUAGAAGCUCCACGCAGUUAGCAGCCCAGGGAUCGAACCCAGGGCCCCAGCGUUGUGAGGCAGCGUUGCUAACCACCUCCUCCCUUUUUUCCAUUUUUAUAAACAAAGCUCGCUUAUUUCUGAUUCACUUCAAAUUAAAGUGAAGCUGCUGUCUGCUUAACCAGGAAACAGUUAACAUACAACAGUGAGGUAGAACGGUGAUGUUUGUGGUGACUUUCAGAGCACUUUUUGCCAGUCUAGAGUGCUUCAUGUGCUAUACGGUUUCCCCAGCACUGGACCACUUUGGGUAGCUAGACCUUAAAUACAAGGCUUAGUGAAAACUGCAGAACAGUAGGUUCAACUGGUAUCUACUGGUUAAUAGUACCUUCCAGUUCUGAAUGUGUCAGUGUAGAAAAGUUUAUUAAAGCAUCACUUUUAAAGAGAGAGUUUACAGCCUACUGGUAGUUAUUAAAUUAGCUGUAUAAAUUGACUGGUGAGUAGUGUAAACUGGUUCAGGCUGGUAAGUAUCAAUUAAGACUAAUUAGUAAUUUCUGCUGGAAGCAACAGCAUUCCUAUUAGGGACUGGGCCAAUUCCUGCUGUCUUUUCCAUCAUGGCAGAUUUAAAUACUGUCCAGUGUUAAGCGCUGUGGGGAGCUUGCCUUGUGACCUCCGCAGUGUCUCUCUUUCUGGUUACUGUGGAAUCACCGUUCAGGUUUGUCCUUUUCCAUGCCAUUUGAAAAGCAAGAAUUAUUUAGCCAUAGAUGCAUGUUCAGUGGUGAGAAUUGUUUGCUGUGUUGGACUUUUUGGAUUUUGUGCUGCAUUUUUACAGUUAAAAAAGGUUCGGUAUAACAUAUCUCAGAGCAUUUUGCAUGGAUCCAGUGAUGUGUGUCUUUAAGAAGAUGCUGCAGCAAAUAUUUCUGUGUGACUUUAAUAUAACUUUGGCUGUCAAAUUAUAGGUUAAUGUUAAGAUAUGGACAAACUAUAGGUAAUGUCAAAACCUUAUUUAUUGUCGUAGAAAAGUGUCUCAUUUGUCAGAUGUGGCUAUAAAGUAGGCCUGUUAUUAUGGUGCAUGAAAUUAGACAUCUGGAUUUGUAUUAUCUUGUAAUCUGAAGUGAUUUCUAUGUGUAUAUCCCCUUGGAAAGUAUUUCAACCUGUGUACCAUUGUUUCAUGUGCCCUGUACUAAUUUAUUUAAAUGUGCUUGAAAUUUUGAUCAAGGGGCUCCUAAUUAAUUCUUACAAUGCUUUUGAUUUAGUUGCUGGCAUUGAUGGAUUUGAUCUUGAGCACCUGUUAUGCACUUCAUUGAGAAUAUAUGGAUUUCUUAAUGUAAUUAAUGUCUCGUAAGGGACUCGUAAGUUGUGUGGCAUUGCUACUAAACGGAUAUCAAGGAUUUGUUAGGUCAGAUAAGCAUAGAACAGCUAAAAGAUUAUUCCUGUAAUAAUGUAUCCUUUAAAACCUGCGGCCAGCGCUAGCUGCAAAUUCAGGAGCCGUUAGGUUUCAGGCUGGGAGCGGCCUGCUGCGAGUUACUGAGUGAUGAAUGAACAGUGGACACAGUAAGUGCCUGCGGCGAAUGAGGAAAGAAAGGGCUGUGAUCACUCGGCUUCCUGUUCUGGGCUCCAGAAUGCACGUUAACAUGCACUGAUCAAGGCGACCUCUGCUAGUGCACGGUACUGCAGGGCCUUUCAGUCAGAGGCAGGACCACUGGAGCCCAUUGGUGAUUGUAAAUUAUUGAGCAGGUCUGCUGCCAGCUUGUAUUUAAAAAUGUCAUUACCUGAGCUGGUUUCAUUGCAGGGUUACUCUAAAGCUAUUGGCCUAUCCAGACGAGAUAGAAAGAAAUCCUCUGUGUUAAGUGUGCGAGUAGAAUUGUUUCGGGGUUUUUUGGCGUUUGUGAGUAAAGUCAUGUGCUUGACUUGAUUUUGAGAAGUCCUUCUCCGUUUUCCUGGCUUAAGAGCUCUUCCAGGGUCCGCAUGGCAGCACCGUCAGCGUUUAACUUUUGUGAGCAAAAAAAAAGCCGCAGUGCAAACUGGGGGAUUGUGGUGCUGCAGUAAGGUGGAAGUGGUUCCUGAAAGAGUACUGCCUGACGUGGGAAACGCUGCCGAACGCUUUCUUGUGAGAAGCUUGGACAGACGGAUGCAGCGAAGUGGGAUCAAAAACACCUGGCGGCUCCUAAUUGGAGCUGGCGGCUUUGGGAGCUGUUGGUGAUCUGCUUGUCUUGUCUUCAGUCUCCGUGCACACCUCUCCUUCAGCCUGAGCUUGAGUACAGCUGCACAGCCAAUAUAGGCUCCUCGUGCUUCUUUACAUAACACAAAAAAAUCCUCUCCGGGCGCGUUCCUCGCUUCUUCUCCUCUUCCCCCUCUCUGCUGCUGCAACAGAGGUUUCAGACAGCUUGUCCUGGCUUUGCGCGGCACAGCUGACUGGAAGAGAAGAAUGCAGUUUCCCAGCAGUGGUGCAGAGGGUCACCCCGUGCCUCUCGUUUAUUUCUGCUCACUUCCCUGUCCUACAACUUUUACGUUUGCUUGAAGGUGGGCUGGACUCCAGCACUGAGGCAGAGGUGGGGUGCGAGGUGCCGACUUUUCUCCUGGCUAACUCGUGGCCCAUCUGUGCUGCCUUUGGAGACGCGCAACUUGAAAGAAUUUUUGCUUUAACAGAAUUUAAGAUGCGCUGUUAAAGCCUCGCAAACGCGGAAGGUUUUUCCAGAGUUGUCGUAAUUCUCGACGCAACAAGGCACCAGCAUCAAGCGGUGUACGAACCGUUUCUAAACCUGUCUGAUUCCGAGAUUCGGCGUGCCGUUCGCACUGCCCACAGCAGCCUUGUGUGAAGUGUACAAAGAAAACCGUCAGACAGUAGAAUGCGCCUUGCGAAGGAGUCUGGCUGCUUGCCUGCUUACUUAGAGACAGGUUCUAUAACUGUCAUAGUGGGUAGAUUGAUAUGAAUCGCCAUGGUGACCAGCGUGUUCCACUCAGAACCCAUUUCUCCGGCUGGAGAGAAGCCCUUUGAGACCGUGCUGGUGAGCUGCUGCAGAGCUCCUGUACUGCUGACUAGUGCAAGAACAGACAGAUACAUGUUGGGCAGAGGCGUGAAACGCAAGCUGAGUGACUACGAGGAGAGCAUGGCCGCCGGGAUCCCGGGCGUCUCUGACUCUGGCUUCACCCUGCCCUACCUGCAGCAGCGGCAGCUGGUGCUCGACAUGUGCUUGAGCAAACUGCAGAGCUGCCACAGGAAGGUGGAGCCCAGCCUGCACCGCUCCGUCCUGCUGGCCAACACCCUGCGGCAGAUCCAGGAGGAGAUGCGCCAGGAGGGGGGCGACCCGCCGCUGACCCCCCAGUGCGGGGAGGGCGUCUGCAGCCCUGCCACGCCCAUGCACACCCCCGACCUGCCCCCCGUGCCGCCGGAAAGCCCGGGGGGCGGCAGCGUGACUGACGGCGGCGCGGCCCCACCUGCUCCCUCCCUCCCGCCGGAGGCCGCGAGCGAGCCGCUGGCCUGCCCCCGCUGCGCCAGCAGCGAAGAGGGGAUGUGCUUCGCCCCCUCGCCGGGCCCUCCCCCCUUCGCGGCCGAGGGAGACGCCAGGUCGCCCGACUCGCUCUUCAGCUGCUUCGAGAUCACCAACUCCACCAGCUACCUGACGGACCUGGCGUUCGACGAUAUCUUCGAGGACAUUGACACUUCCAUGUAUGAUUCGUCGGACUUCUCUUCCGUUCUGGCUUUCCCGGCGUCCUCCGCGGAAGACGGCCUCAAGUCAUUCCCCACCUGCAACUCCCCCUCUGCCAGCGGCAUUCAGAUCUGCAUUACGGACCUGAACGAUCUGGAUCACAUCAUGGAGAUCCUAGUGGGUUCCUGAAAAAGGCUUGGGAGUGGGAAUAAUACAUUUUUAUUACAGUAUAUUUAUAUUUUUCUACAAAUGACCUUAAGCUAUUUAUAAGUAAGAGACGUGAUGCACAUGAAAUGCACCUACAGUAGAUUAAUUGCACGUUUUAAAGCUUGUUUGGAAUUGGGUGCAAAGUUGAACUGAGCUGGAACACACAUACGACAACAACCUAGUGUUACUUCAGACAAGUAUAUUUAUUUUGUCAACGAAUGCAUUUUGUUCAAUUUCAUUGAAAAUGCAAAUGCAGCUGUGUGAAAUCAGUGGUUAAUUUGUGAGGCAAGAAAUAUCUUUUAGCUUUUUCAAAAAAGAAUGAUCUAUUUAUUUUUUUAAUCAAUUUUUAAUAUGUAUUUCUACAACAUGAUCGUGUCUUAUAUUCGAUUUUAAAUGGUUGUGUAUCAAAUUGACCUAGCACACACAAUGGAUAAGGCUAACACUACCUCUUCAGACUUAUCAAUCUGCAGUGAGUGCUGUUUGAUCUGAAACUCGAGAGCUUUCUCUUUAUACUGUACAAAAACCUAACAUUUUUCAUAACAGUUCAGUAUUUGCAAUGGCUGCAAAUUGGCAAUUGUCAAAGAUUCUUUUUAAAGCAGUUGUCCAUUGAAAAGCAGUAUUAAACAAAUGUUUUUUAUAUCAAGAUGAUUUUAUAGAAAACCCAGAAUAGUGAAUGAGGGAGAUUUAUAGUCUCUAUAGCAACCCAAAUAAGAUGUCUCAAAACAGUGCCUACUGGAGGAAAAAUAGACAGCUAUUGUUUAACCUUACACUGUGGAUUCACAAAUGCAUGCACUGGCUUGUAAAAGCUGCUGGUUUGCCUAAUUUUCUUUGAUCAUAUUGAUUGUGACUUUUUCCUGCAAAAAGCUGUUUUACUGACAUCGGCCGAGUGUUGAGACACUUUUGAUCCAUCUUCAAGCGACCUCCGCAAAGAUUUUUCCAACCCGCGUUAGUGAAUCAUGAAAGUAAUGUAAAGCAUUCUUAAGCACCACUGGUAUCCUACACUUUGCCAUAACCGGAAAUUUUAUUUUGCUGUCUUAUGCUUACCUAGCGCAGUUUGUGAUUUUGAAGACUUCCCAGUUGUAUAAGAUCUGUAGAGAGGGGCUUUCUAUUUAAAGUUUGUUUUAUUUCGUUGUCUGAUCACUUUUAUUUGUACUUUCCUGUGGUUCAGUAGACAGUCUCUUGACCCGUUCAUCUAGCUCACAGCCAACGGAGAACAGUGAAGCUUUCUAAUUAGAGCAUGAUUGUCACCCAAACUGACGGAUCUGUUAUUGGAAGCAGCAAACGUUUCCCCGUAUUCCCUGUACGUGGGCGCCACAUGUAUGUAUUUGUACGUGUUUUCAUGGGUGAACAGCUGGAGGCCAGAUUAUUUCCUCUGUUUUGUCAGGUGAGCUCAAAGGACAUCGGUGCCCACUGUUCACUGAGAUACAGUACAUGCAUGCGCACUACAUAAUCCUAAUAGCCAGCCGAUCUGCAGGCUGUUUGUGCUGAGGCAGGAGGGGGAGAGGGGAGAGGCAUUGCAGCGUCACGUGCAGAGCUGCUCGCUGAACAGGGAGGGGCUACAGCUGGUGCCUCUGCCUCACCUCUCCCUUUGCGAGGGGCUUCAUAUUUAAUAAGGCUCCUCCGGCAGCCGCCAGCUCCACCGUGGGAGGAGCGAGCUGUGCGCCCCUGUCUUUGUUAAACUCCAGACGGACGAGGGACGAAAACCGCUCUGAUCUGGCCCGACACUUUUAUAGCUUGAUAGAUCGCGGCAGUUCUGGUCUCUCAUUUAUUUCUGGCUUGAGAAAUAGUUCUCGGCGUUAUCAGAGCACUCUGCUGCCAGAUAUGUAGUGAGAACCAUUGGAGUCCCUGAUUUUAAUGUUCAAAAUUGAUAGCUAAGGGAAUAAUGUUACAAUGUUCACAUUUAAAUUAAAAGUACAGUCAUUUAGAAAGCUUUUAGACUCCACACACAUGGGCUGCAGUGUGGAGUGAAGCUGAUUACCAUGUGGGCGUUCUAAGGAUUCCUUGUCCCCGUUGUGGUUUCAGUCGCACAUGGCCAUAUUCCUCUGCCUCAGCCACUAACAUGGCUCUGGCUGUUAGAGCACAGAUUGUAGUUUACUGCUGAGUAGUACCCCUAGAAAAAAGCAGUCGUAACUGGAAAAAAGCAAAACUGAAUGUAUUGGCGUGGAACAAGCACUUUUAUCGGGCAUGUCCUUCAGCCUUGGUGUGAAUGGAGAUGCCAUUGUUUAAACACCUUAAGAGAGAAACUUCUACUCCAGAGCACUAUUCGCAUAACAGGCCCUCCAGUCACCUUGAAUUGAGCACAAAUCAUGUCGUUGUGUGUCAGUACUAUGUAUUUGUCCCCCUGAACAGGUUUAUUUUUUUCUUCUUUAGUUCUGGAAAUGUUUUCUCAGAUUUGCAGUCUGACUUCUUUUGCCGAGAAGUGGGUAAAUAGACUUGGCCACAGAAUUAGAUAUGGAAGUUUGUAAGCUUUGUAAGCUUUUUUGUAUAUGCUGUAUUUAAGUAAUUCCUGCGUGAUUAUAUAUAUAUAUUUAAUUUUUAUGAUCAUCACAAAAGAAGGAGCUAAUAUAUUACAUUUAUUUAAGAAUGGUAGCGGUCCACUCUCAUUGGUUUUGGCAGGUUGCACAAAAUGCCGGCGCCAUUAGUUCUGAAAAAACUUCCCACUCGCUUGUCAUCUUCUGUUGUUUUGUUGUAACUAUAUAGAAAUCAGUUUGUAUAUAUUUAAUUUGUUAUGGCUUAUGAUUUAUUUUACUUUUUAAUGUUAUUUAAUUGUCAAUUGUGGUGUUCUUUCAUGUAAAGCUGUGGAAUAUUCUAUGCUGUUGCUAUAGCAGCACGAAAUGGGAGAAAAGGGUUGUGAAAUGGGCAGUUUUCAGGCAUGUCUGGCAGUUUUUAAAAUCGUUGACUUCAGUAAGGGUCACAUUACAAAACCUUUGUAAAUUCUCUAAAUUGGCAUCUGCUUUUGUUAAAUUGAUAAAAAUGCUUUUAAAAAGAAAUCCCUUUUAAUAAAAUGGAGUCAGUGCUUCCAAAUUCGGUGUAAAUAGCUUUUGCUAAAAAUAUGGCACUGUUUAGAACAUGAGGAAUAUUGUCUUGUAUUUUAUUUACCAAACCAGUGUUCCCACGAGAUCUUCCACUUGUUUUCCGAAAGACCUGUCUGACUCUGUUGUGCCUGAAGAUUUUCACAGCCUUUUCUUUCUUGGCUUGCUCUCUCAGCUCCCUGGGCCUCUCUGAACCCGUGGCACUCUAUCGGUCUGGAUACCGAUGGCUAGGGGCUUCUCAGGGCUGGAUUUUCUUCUCUGGUCCUACCAUGUUUGUGCACUGCAUUUCACUGGUUUUACAGUCCUCCAAGCUUUUAACUUCAUUUUAAACUUCAAUUCAAUGUGUACACAUACCACAAUACAUCAGGGAGAGCGCAGAACACCCGAACCACAGUUUAAGAGCGUCAGAUUUCCGGUUGUCUCUUAAAGUAACACAUGAAAACAAAAAACAAGUUCCUUCUAAAACAGUUUCUAUGUUAGAAUGAGGUUGAUUAGCACACUGUAAGGCACUUCAAGUACUCAACUGUUGGUCCAGAGCAUUGUAGAGUAUCACUUUUAUACAUUUCCAGAAUGCUGUAAAAACUGACUGCUAAGAUUUCUUCACUCAUGUCCUAAGUGCAAUAUAAACUUGUUUAAUGCUAGGGAGCUGCCUCUGUGGCUUGUUACUUGCCAUCAUCUCUACUUCUCAGCACACUGUUAUUUACUGUGUCACACUAGAUGUAGGUGCUCCUUGAAAAUAAUAAAAGAAACAUGAUUGAUGUGGAUGUCUAACUACAUGCAUGAAUAUUUUUUUAAUUCUCUUCUUUUUCAAGUUUUUGGUUUUGUUCUCUAGUAAGUAGAGACCCUGAACUGUGUGUAUGUGUGUUCUGUACAUACUUUUACUUUUUAUCUGUCACCUUUAUAUCCUAUGCAAUACUAUUGUAGCAGGUCAGUAAAUCUAUAACUUAAAAAACA